CGCAGCCCUCCACGACCUCACAGUCCCCAGGACGACGGACAGAUCAUCUUCGACGUGGACAUGACUGGCAGGAGAGACAGCCAAUCAGAAGAGGAAGUCUUGGACAAGGAGAGGGACAUGGACAUCCUGAUGAAGGACGCAGAUUGGGUCGCUGAUUGGUCCAGUCGACCGGAAAACAUUCCCCCCAAGGAGUUUCACUUCCGUCAUCCUCGUCGCUCAGUAACGCUCAGCAUGAGGAAGACCGGCGCCAUGAAGAAAGGAGGCCUCUUCUCUGCAGAGUUCCUCAAAGUCUUCAUCCCCUCGCUGCUGCUAUCACACAUCCUCGCUCUGGGGCUGGGAGUCUACAUUGGAAAGAGGUUGACCACGCCACCGGCCAGCUCCUUCUGAAGCUCCAACUGAAGAAAAGUGCCUGAGAAGUGGCCAUGAGUUUGUUUUUUUUGGGGGGGGGGGAGAAAGCUUUGCUGUCUUGAAGAGAACGAACGCCCGUCUCUCCUCCCUCUGUCCCGCCUGCUCCCCCUCCUUGUCCCUGAGAUAUGACAUGUUCCCUCCCUCCCCGCCCUUAUUCGGCUGUUCUCUGACUCUGGAUGCCCCCUCCCUCCUCUGUCUCCCCCUCCUUUAUAUCCUCCGACCAUUUGUAUAAGCUUUUCAAUGAAUGAAUAAGAUCAUAUUUCCAGUGAUUGUGUUCAGAUGUUUUUAUCGGGUGGGUUUCCAGGGAGGGUUUAAAUUCAUUUAAUCAAACUCUUCCCGUGACACACACUGACCCAUCGAUCAUCUGACAACAAGGGAGGAUUGUCCAGUUUUACAGCUGACCACAGAUUGUGCCACAAGUCGCCCGACACUCGACCCCGAGAAAAGGGUUCGACCAGAUUCAGAGUCGGCAAACUGAAGAGGUGAUCAUGCCUUUUUGAAAGUAGCCGUUUUGUUCAUCUACUCAAGGUUUUAUUGCCUUUUUUUGUAUUUAUUUCACAACAGCUGUGGUUUAUUGAGAAGUUGUAAUGAAAUGGAGUUACCACAGUGGCCAUCCCGAACCACGGGCGCUCAUCAAUUGCACUCGGGGGGGUAGUCCGAGGAGAGAUUUAUACAACGCUUCUUUUUUUUUUUUUUUUUUUUUCCUUUUCUGUGACGGAAAUUAAAAUAGAUUUGAUUCUGCAGACAAAGUGAGAAAAACUGGAAUCCAGUGUGUCCCUCUCAGUGUGUACA